UAAUACACCGACUGGAGUGAUUGUGCAUGUCUGCUCGAACGCUGUGACUUUCUGAAACCUAAAAUGCCAGUUUCUUGUCGUGCUUGUGGCAAUUCUGCAAUUUUGAAGAGACCCAAAACGGGAGAUGCGUUGUGCAAGCAAUGUUUCUUCAGCGCGUUUGAGGCGGAGGUUCACCAAACCAUAACAGAUGCUGGAUUGUUCAGACGAGGGGAGAGGGUUGCUGUAGGGGCAUCAGGAGGCAAAGAUUCCACAGUCUUGGCCUACAUGAUGAAGUUAUUGAAUGAGAGAUAUGACUAUGGCUUGGACAUUGUGCUGCUGUCGAUAGAUGAAGGCAUCACGGGAUACAGAGAUGAUUCUCUAGAGACAGUGAAGAGGAACCAGAUGCAGUAUGACUUGCCCUUGAAGAUAGUUUCAUAUGAGGAGCUGUAUGGUUGGACCAUGGAUGCCAUUGUCAAACAGAUAGGGCUUAAGAGUAACUGUACCUUCUGCGGUGUGUUCAGACGGCAGGCUCUUGACAGGGGAGCCUUGCUGGUGAAAGCUGACAAAAUUGUAACAGGUCAUAAUGCUGAUGACAUUGCUGAGACUGUAAUUAUGAAUGUGUUGAGAGGAGAUGUUGCCAGAUUACGACGGUGCACAGCCAUCACAACGGGAUCGGAUGGAGCUCUUCCAAGAUGCAAGCCGUUCAAAUACACAUAUGAAAAAGAAAUAGUUAUGUACGCAUAUUUUAAGAAGCUGGACUACUUUUCCACUGAGUGUAUAUACUCCCCCAACGCCUACCGAGGCCACGCUAGAGCAUACCUGAAGGAUCUAGAGAAAAUCAGACCCAGCUCAAUCAUAGAUAUCAUCCACUCCGGUGAGAGCCUAUCAAUCAAGAAGGACGUUAAAAUGCCAACUCAAGGGUUGUGUACCCGCUGCGGCUACAUCUCUAGUCGGCCUCUAUGCAAGGCAUGCGUACUCCUCGAAGGAUUGAAUAAAGGACUGCCAAAGCUCGGUAUUGGCAAAGAACACAGGGAAAGGAAGAAGUUGGCAUUGCUUCAAGCUGAGAAUGCUUUGACAACUUCAGGGUCCACUGUUACAGCGCCCUCAACUACAGAUGGAUCCUCAAGUGCACAAUCCAUGACAGCAGUCCCUCAGAGUAUAGACUUUUGAUGAUGCCCCCACACACAUGGUGUCUUUAGUGUUCCAGUAACAAUGUCUACGUAAUAUACAAUGAUCAGGGACGCCAUACUUUUUUAGCAUUAUUUUAAGCAUUUUUUAAAAUUUGUAUAGACAUUAUAUUUAUUUUUAAGGUCAGGCAGUUUACCAGACAUUACUCCAAACUAAGUUGCAAAUGGCUAAUUGGUCAUCUUUUUCUUAAUGAGUAAUAUUAGAAAGCCAGUCUCAUGUUGAUGUCUUAUCAUGAUACUUUCUUAUCUUCCAGAUGUUACAUAUGCCCCAUGAAGCUGAGCGGGAGAUAUUUUUGAUGUGCUUGUUGAAGGCGAGGUGCUUGUAGCACCAGUCAUUUUGAACCUCUUGUUGGUGUCAUUAUACUUGAACUUGAAAUGUUGUCGCUAUUUUCUAACAUGUAGUUAGUGCAGCCAUUUUUGUACCAGUAAUUUCGGGAGCCAUUAUUAAACAUGUAAAUGUGGAUCCUUUUCACAUCUUUAGUUAGGAUACAAUUACGGAAAAUCAACUUCCGUCUUAAUGACACCAACUAAUUUUGAACGUAAAUCUGUGUUUCGAAUGGUCUGAGGUGAUAUCCAAACUAAGUAAUUUAUUGUUGAAUGAUGAACAUUAACUCGAUCUUAAAAUGAUAAACUUGCCUGAAAUAAAAAUCAAAUUGCUUACUAGAAACUCAUGUUCAUAAUUAUUUAUUGCAAGACUGUAUGUAUUGCCUUUUUCAUUCACAAGAUAUAGAUCGACAAGAUACUUUUAACAAUUUUGUAUUUACAAUGCCUUGGAGUUAUUUUAAAAGACCCCUUUGUAAACGAACAAACAGACCAAUUGGUUUUAAUUCCGUUUUUGGAUCUUAUCCCCUGUUGUGUAUAUUAUAGCACUGUUUACUCAGUACUUUCUCACGAUUUAGUACUCAAACCCCUGACCUUUACAUUGCUAGAGCAAUCCUUCAUUCACAAAUCACAAAUCCAUUCUUGCGAUGCAUCACACAUCAAACAAUUUACCAAAAAAUCAUUGUCAUCGACAAAUAUGUGACUAAUGCCUACUAAAAUACGUUAUAAUAAAAGUCCUGCACCAAAGCAAAUCAAUUUUUAAUUACAGGCCUAUACAUUUCUAUGCUGAAUAUAAGCAGGUGACCUGGGGCCAGUUUAGACUUCGUGUCAAAACAUACAAAAACAACAUUCCAAGUCAUACCACAUUGCCCUGGUAAACAGUUCAUUUUGUGUUUAGGCCACUUUUUAAGCCCGAUUUGGGGGUCUGAAAAGCUGUUUUUUAGUUAAUAUUCAUGGUGUAGUAAUUUUUGAACGUGUAGUAGGGGGAGCCAUUAUUAAACUUGUAGUUUGGGAGCCUUUUCACAUCUUUAGUUAGGAUAAAAUUAUGGAAAAUCUUGUUAACAUAUGUGCCACUUCCGUCUUGAGGGCUGUGUUGUGGGAAGGAUUUAGUGAAUUAUGCAAAUGAUAUUACUUU